GGGGAGAGAGACAGACGACGGGAGAGUUCUGUUCUUUCACUGCUCCAUCCGGGAACUUUAGAAUUAGCAUUGACAGCCGAAGCGCAACUUUUCUCCAGGCAAAGUGAAAUCAAGCCGCGGACUCGGACAAAAUCUAGUCCCCCUUUUUCAACUCGAAAUUAUCGAAAGAAGCGGCACGCCACGAUUUGGUCGGAUGUAUCGAUAUUCGGACGUAUUUGGGAUGUAACUGACCGAGGUCCUGGCUCUUUCCGCUGUGUUUGGACCACUUUUUUCGACGGGCGUAAAGUGGGUGAUGAGUCCUACCCUGUAAAGAAGCGAGAACUUGCUUUUGCAGCCCCGAGUAGUUCUUCUUUCAAUUGUUAUUGCCGCUUUAAAAAAAUCUUUAAUUCACUUAAACUUCGUACGCAUCGCGUCGAAAGUGGGAGAAAAGUGCUUUUGAAGUCGGACCAUGGAACUACAAGGCCUACAAGAGGCGCUGAAAGUAGAGAUCCAAUGCCAUCAGGACGGAGAGCUUAAGAAACAGCUGCACGACAGACACCCCAGAAUAACAAGCCUAAGCGAGAAACAAAAGCUGGCAGUGCGGUCCUGUCCGGUAGGGACGACCAAGCCCCUCUCGCUCGUCAAACCGGCCAACCAACAGCAGCAGCAGCAGCAGCAGCAGCAGCAGCAGAGCAUAGCCAUCUCAGUGCUGCCUGCCAAGGCCCCCGUCUCCAUGGUUACCGCACACAUUAACGGACAAAAGGCGGCGGCGGCGGCGGUAGCGAACUCGGAGCCCCCAGUGCAGACGUCCCCCAUCAACCUCCAGACGGCGGGCAGGGGGGUCGUGAUGACGACCAGCCCCGGGAUCCACGCCUUGAGUCGGAGGGCGGGGGAGCUGGCCCACGCACAGAUGCUUGGAGCACUGACAACAUCGCCCAUCAAGGUGCCUCAAGUGAGCUCUCUGCACAGGCUGGCAGGACAAGCACCAACAGUGAUACCUCAGGUCAGGCCAAAGACCCAGAUCCCUGACAGCCUGCCCCACACCCCCUGCCAGGACCUCCAGCCCCUCAGCCUGCAGAAGGCCACCACCCUGUCGGGCCCCCGCAGCAAGGGCCCCGCUCUGCCCACCGCCAACUGCACCUUCAGCCCCGAGCACCGGUCCAACGGCGGCCAGGGAGACCCCUCGGCCCCCCCGGCUCCUCCUCCUCCUCCUCCACCACCUCCUCCUCCUCCUCCUCCACCUCCACCUCCUUCAGCCCCGCCCGCCCCCUCCCACCUCCUGGUGCCCACCCCGGCGGCGGCGAAGGCCCAGGACCUGUCAUCGGGGGGGGGUCAGGAGUCCAGCGGCGUCCCACCGAAGGCCAGCACCCCCGUGGGGCCCGGGGUGGCGUUGGCUCUCAUCACGACCUCUUCCUCCUCCUCCUCCGCCUCCGCCUCCGCCUCCGCCUCCUCCUCCACCUCCUCCUCCUCCACCUCCCCCUCCUCCUCCUCCCGCUCCCCCGUGGUGGCGUCGACCGCCGCCAGUAGCGGCGUGGUGGCCGUCGGAGAGGCGCUGGUCAAAGUGCAGCCGCUGCUGUUCAGCGCAGACAGCAAGGUCAUAAUCCUCCAGUCCCAGGCCCCCAUCCGCUCCCCACGGGCCCAGGCCAGCACACCGUCCCUGGGGGGCAGCCCGGCCCGGUCGCCCCCCACCACCCCCACCCCCGCCGCCCCCAAGAAGGACGAAGAAGACCCAGAGAAAAUUGCCUUCAUGGUUGCCCUCGGCCUAGUCACCACGGACUACUUGGAAGAGCUCCAGACCAAGAGACAGGAGAGGAAGAGGCGGAGCACAGCCAACCCAGCGUACAGCGGCCUGUUUGAGCCCGAGCGCAAACGACUUGCAUCAAACUACCUGAACAACCCCCUUUUCAUGUCACAAGACACAGAGGAUCUCUGCUGGAAGGAGGACUUGGAGCACGACGAGCACUGCUCCGUCUGCAAGGAGGAGGGUGAGCUCCAGCCCUGUCACAACUGCACCCGCGCCUACCACCCCGACUGCCUGCAGCCCCCCCUCAAAACCCCCCCGCGGGCCGCCUGGUACUGCCCCAAGUGCCAGAAGAAGGUUCUUAACAAGGAGAACAUGUCCUGGCCGCAGAACUUUGUCCAGUCCUACGUGACACACAAGACAGUGAGGCAGGAGGAAAAGAGGAGGCUUCUGAGGAGGAACACGGAGCUGAAGAAGGAGUGCGCUCACCUGGAGGAGCAGGACAAGAUGCUGAACAAGUCUCUCGAGCAGUGCAUGGACGUGCGGGAGCGCCUGCUGGGCCAGCAGCGCAGCACCCAGGCCUCCCUGGAGCGGGUCAAGGCCCUGAUCCGCCUCAUCCAGCGGGACCAGGUCCUCCAGGUCACCAUGACCGCCACCACCACCGCCAAGGCCCCCCUGCUCUCGCUGCCCUGGAUCAAGCCGGCCAGCGCCACCAGCACCACCACCAGCACCACCAGCAGCGGCGGCGGCGGCGGCGUCAGCGCCAACGCCGCCAUCACCCUGGGCCCGGCCACCGCCACCGCCAUCGCCUCGAUCCCCGUCGGACCCUCGGCGCUGCUCCAGAGGGGCCAGGCCCAGGGCAACAACUAGGGCGCGGAGCUGCCCGCUAGCUAGCGCGUAGCCGCCGCCGCGACGAGCUAGCUGGGGAGUAGCCUUGACGAGUGAGCUAGCUAGCUAGCUAGGAGAUUAACCGCAGCAGCCAACAGCAGCUUUGGCUCGUUGGUUAGCAGCCGCGACUGCUAGCUGGUUAGAAGCAGCAACAGCUAGCUGGUUAGCAGAAGCUAUGGCUAGCUGUUUAGCCGCAGCAACGGCUAGCUAGCUAGCUAGCAGCAGCAAAAGCAGACACGUGCAGCCGUCUCUGGUCUCAGCCAAAUGUCGAGGGAAAAGAUGUUUUCUUUCUUUUUCUAACACAUACGAGAUACCAUCGUUGCCACCGAAUAAUACCGACCCAUUUUUUCAUCUUCAGAAGUGUCAUGGAUUAAAACAAAAAAGCAACAAGAUAACUUUUAACAAAAGAGAGCCUAUAUCCUCCACUCAGUCCAUGAUAUAGUAUUUUUUAAACCCAACACCUACAGUGCUUACGAGAUUUCUUUUUUUAAUUAUUUAUUUUCUAUUUAUUAACGUUCUUGGCCUUAAUGUAUUUAUUACAAGAAUUUAAGAUUUACCACGCUGCCACAGGAAGUUGUGGACAAAGUAUUUCGCCGCAGCCCAAAUAUAUUUCCUCUUACAAAAGAAAAACGACGAGAAAAAAAAAUGCGAAGAAAAAAAAGAGAAAAAAAACCCGGAAAAAAACAAACACACAGGUAUAAUUAUUGUUCUACGUAUAGUGAGAGAGAACAUUAGAGUAGGCGUAGUCACGGAAACGCAACGGCGGGAGCGUUGGAGGGGGGAGGAGGGGGACUGUACAUUGACGUUGGCUAGGAGGGGCUCCUGAGGACGGUGUCUGCCAUAAUAAUUCAGGUGUAUGAGGUAUCUGUG